AUGAGUAGGUUAAGGCCUUUCCUCGGCAAUGAAGCUUCGCUUGGCCUUGAAUUUAUCCCGAAAUCUGAUUCCUCCAAUAGCACUACCAAAAUGGUUCUAAGAGUUGUCGUCGUCGGCGCAGGGCUUAUUGGCCCUCGACAUGCCAAAUCCGUGAUCUCCAAUCCAGAUACGGAGCUCGUAGCGCUCAUCGAUCCGCUUCCCAAUGCCGCCAGGGUAGCGCAGGAGCUACAAACGACCUACUAUCCAACUGUCGAAGCCAUGCUGCAGGCUAUUCCCAAGCCCGAUGCAGCCAUCGUUUGCACGCCCAACCACACCCACGUCCCCGUGUCGCGAGAGCUCCUAGUUAGUGGCGUCCACGUCCUGGUCGAGAAACCAGUCAGUGACAGCAUCGACAAUGGCCUAGCACUGCUACAAUUUUCGCAGAGGCCGGAGAACGCCCAACUCAAGCUGCUGGUAGGACACCACCGUCGCUUCAACCCGUACGUCCUUAAGACAAAGCAGAUGGUGGAUGCUGGAUCUCUGGGUCGGGUUAUCGCCAUCAACGGCCUGUGGACAUUGUUCAAACCAGAACAAUACUUUGCGCCUCCAGGUGACUGGCGUCGUGCUCGGUCAUCGGGUGGUGUGGUUCCAAUUAACCUUGUGCAUGAUAUUGACAUUAUGCAUUACCUGUUCGGCCCCAUUGUGCGCGUUCACGCCGAGAAGACCCUCCCGCAACGUCCUAACCCCCCUCAUGAGGCAGAGGAGGGUGCUGCACUGACGCUUCGGUUCGCUUCAGGCGUUGUCGGUACAUUCCUUGUCUGCGAUGCUACACCCUCUCCCCAUAACUUUGAAGCCGGGACCGGCGAAAAUCCGCUCAUUCCCAAGUGUUCUUCUGGUGCAGACUUUUACCGCAUCUUUGGUUCUGAUGCCUCCCUCAGUGUCCCAGAUAUGACGCGCUGGAGUUACGAUAGCCGCCCGGACAAGAGCUGGAACCAACCAUUGACGGUCGAGAAGUUUGACGUGGAAGAAGCAACUCCUUUCGAUUUGCAGCUUGCCCAUUUCGUCGAUGUCAUUCAAGGCAAAGCCGAGCCUAGUUGCUCCGGUGGAGAAGGCCUCAGAGCCUUACUUGUGUGCCAGGCUGUACAAAAGGCACUGGAAACCGGACAGACAAUUGAACUAGAUCAGACCAUUCUUGAAGGAAACCGCUAA